CUGGCUACAUUCCACCUGCAGUUGGCGAACGAACAAGGCUGCGAACAAAGUCUCUCGUCGAAAAUGCGUCUUUUGUUUGAAAUCUGGAUGUUUGUGAGCCCAUUUUGAUUCCUGUGGAUAUAUUAAUAUUAUUUUACAUUCUUAGACGUUUCCGCCUCACAACUAAUCUCCAUGUUGGGUAAGGACUGGACAAGGCAAGUGGAUGAUGGAUUUCAACCCUCUGGACCUUCUGGCAGCAGCUGCCGCCCUACAGAGAGACGAUCCCAAGUCAUCCAACCAGUCAGGAGGUCAGACUCAAAGUGAGGCAAACUGUGAUGAUAAAAAUACAGAAGAGUCAACAGAGGAAGAGGAUUCAAGCAAUAGUAACAAAAUGGGCUCAGCCAGAAAGCUACGUAGUGAGAUUAAGCGACAGAACUCUUGCAACCUACCCUCAAGUGAGGUAGGCAAGUUGUUCAGUGAAAAGUCAAGUGGUGUUGACUAUGUGGUGGAUGAGGAUUCUCCUGGAAGGACGAUAAGGAGGCAUUCAUGGAGUGCGGAAGGAGAGGUAGUAGGUGAUAGUGCUAAAAUUACAGACCUGUCUGUGGAACAUGAAGAGAGUAAAACCGACUCGUCACAGAAGGCAGUCGAGGAGUCUGACGAGGCACCAUGUGAAAAUGACAGCUUAGACAUUGGUCAGAGUGGUUGUGGGGAUUCUCCUGAAGUGUCAGAAGAUGCUUCACAACCACCUCCACCUGAUCCAGCUGGUGCUCAGAGUGCAGAUGAAGAUGACUCAUCUGAAUCUGCAUCUGUUAAAGAGACAUCUGAAGGUUCUCCUGUGGAAUCAGGUGCUUGUGAUGUGAGUGUGACAGAACCUGCUCAGGUAGAACAAGAUGAUGAAAGUGUGAUUGAGCAGGACAAUGUCAGUGAUUUUGACUUGACAGAACCAACGGCUGCUUGCUGUCCUGUAUGUCACAAGCCAAGGACUGAUUAUGCUGUUGGGGUAUCUGAUCCUAGUGAGCUUUGUGCAAUCUGUGAGAAACAGACAGUGUCAGAGAAUGGUGAGGCAGCUAGUCCAUCAGGAUUUGUUGAGGAACCAGUCCCGGGAUCAGCUGCAGGACCAAGUAUAGGUGUGAUUGAUAAUGAGCAGUCUGAGUCUGGCUUUGUUGCCAUUGUUAGUGAUAGGACUUGUUUGGACACUACCGAUAAUGAAGAAAAGUCAAGUUUAUUAGAAACAUAUUUGACAACUGGUCAUACAGAAAAGGUUCAAGAGAACAGUUUUUCCAUGGAAAUGCAUGCAAGCAAGAGCUCUGAGGAGAGUAUGAUGGACACAACUGAUUGUGAUGUGAGAAUGGAGAGCAAUGAUGCCUCAGGGCCAGCUUCUAGUGUUGAGUCGGACCACUCAUAUGCCUCUCAACCAGGAAAGGUGACUGAAAGACAAAGCACAGACUAUUAUGACACAGAAACUGGAGCAGAAUCCGAUUCUUGUGGAGAAAAUAGCUCGACCGAAGAAGUAGAACAUCGUGCAAGGAGCAUGUCAAUAGAAAGUGUGUGUUUAAGAUUCGGUUUUGAGGAUAAACAUAUGACACUACCUGUGAAAGAACAUGAAGAUAGUGAUCAUAUGUCUGGACAGGGAUCCCUUCUAUGGAAGUCAGCGAUCCAACCACCAAAGAGUUGGUUCACUUCCUUUACCUGGCGGAUAAGUACAAACUGA